AUGUUGUCCAAGCAGUUUGCCCGUGGAUUCGCUUCCACCUCUAUUGCAAAGAACUAUGCAUCCACCAUUCCAAACUUGAAGGUGACUAAAGACACCAAGGUGAUUUACCAGGGUUUCACAGGUAAACAGGCUACCUUCCACGCCGAGCAGGCCAUUGCCUACGGUACCCAGGUUGUCGGUGGUACCAACCCAAGAAAGGCUGGAACUGAGCACUUGGGCUUGCCAGUUUUCGCCAACGUCAAGGACGCCAUCAAGGAGACUGGAGCCACUGCUACUGGUAUCUUCGUUCCACCUCCAAUUGCUGCCGCUGCUAUCGAGGAGGCCAUCGAGGCCGAGAUCGGCUUGGCUGUUGCCAUCACCGAGGGUAUUCCUCAGCACGACAUGGUGAGAAUUGCUCAGAUCUUGAAGACUCAGUCGAAGACUAGAUUGGUUGGUCCAAACUGUCCAGGUUUGAUCGCUCCAGACCAGUGUAAGAUCGGUAUUAUGCCAUCUCACAUCCACAAGAGAGGUAGAGUCGGUAUCAUCUCUAGAUCUGGUACUUUGACCUACGAGGCUGUUGCUCAGACCACCAAGGUUGGCUUGGGUCAGUCUUUGGUUAUUGGUAUGGGUGGUGACCCAUUCCCAGGUACCAACUUCAUCGAUGCCUUGACCUUGUACUUGAACGACCCAGAGACCGAGGGUAUCAUUUUGAUUGGUGAGAUCGGUGGUACUGCUGAGGAGGAGGCUUCUGAGUUCUUGAAGCAGCACAACUUGACCAGACCAGAGGGUCCAAAGCCAGUUGUUUCUUUCAUCGCUGGUGUCUCUGCUCCUCCAGGUAGAAGAAUGGGUCACGCUGGUGCCAUUGUUGCUGGUGGUAAGGGUGAUGCUAAGUCUAAGAUUGCUGCUUUGGAGUCUGCCGGUGUUGUUGUUGAGAAGUCUCCAGCUAGAUUGGGUAACUCCUUGUUGGCUGAGUUCAAGAACAAGGGCUUGUUGUAA